AUGCAUGGCCUAGAAGACAGCCGGGAAAUACUGCUCCAUCUCAGCUACGAUGCAACGGACCACGUCAGACACGCCUGGGAAGGCUUUGUCGACUUCGCCAUGCGCGAAAACGUCCUAGAGGUUGCCAUCGGUUUGAUGAUCGGUCAAGCAUUCACCAAGGUCGUAACAUCGUUCGUCUCGGACAUGAUUCUUCCAAUAAUCUCCCUCUUACCAUUCCUUCACCGUAAUCUUGACGAGAAGUUUGCGGUUCUCAGAAAGGGUCCCAGCUAUGAUUCUGAAAGAGGCUAUAAUACUCUUACGCAGGCGCGAGAUGAUGGCGCUCUGGUCAUGGCUUAUGGAUCAACCGCAGGUUGGCAAGACGGAAGAGAAGAUGUUGGAGAGCCUCCGUCUGAGGAGACGGCCACAUAA